UGGAAAGCUUUGAAAUAAUGAAAAGCUCCUAUUAAUCAUGUCAUUUACCACUAACUGAAGGCUUUUGUUUAUUGAUCAGAAACGCACAUGUUCGUCUAUUGUAGGCGAUUUACGGUAGCGAGGUCCUGAAACCGGAAGUCUUCAUGACAACUUCCUUAGCAACGAGACAAAAUAAGGGUGUUUGGCUAAGUAGCUUACUGAAAGGUUUUCAGAUUUUCGGGAAUUUUAACUAUUUGAUAUUUAAAUCAGUAAUGAUUAAAAGUAGCAGCAAUAUUAUAUAUAUACAUUUACAAUUUUAGAUAACUGCGCCAUGUCUCUAGUGGCGAAAUGAACCUCUGUUUAUUCCCCAUAUGUGUUGUUUUGUGUGCACGUUUACUUCACGCGGCCACGGAGCUUGGACUAGCUUCUGCUGUGACUAACACCCCAACAAAUGUGGAGCCUCUCAGCGCAGCUACUCCAGCUCCGGGCGGGUCUGGAACCACGGAGUCCGUCACAGCCGGACUCACGGAGGGGGUGUCACCGCAACCCACUCCAGACUCCACGGUGACGGUAACGUCCACGCUGUCCGUGUCUGAGUCAGCUUUCACCGGGGCUCCAACCGCGACCACCGUCCAGAGCACAACUCAGCCUGCUUUACAGGGUUGUCUUUGUGACCUGACAACAGAUUUCUGUGACAUUGGCUGCUGUUGUGACACCACAGAUUGUGGUGUUGCCAACUUGAGCUCCGUCUUCCGUGGAUGCCCACAAGCAGUCACUCUAGGAGUCUGCAUUGAGAAAUGGCUCAUGUUCAAAGCCAACAUGGAUUCUCGUCUCGUCACUGUGACCGACUCCUUCUUCUGUGUCCAAAAUGACACAGAUGUUCCUCCUAAGUCUGUCCCAGCAGUUAGUGGACGUCCAGUUUUAGGAAACUCCUACCACUUCUCAGCUCCAGGUCAAACGUUCAUCAGUCAUGAAAGAGAUUUUUACCGGGUUGAUGACGUUAUCCAGACGUAUUUCCUGGACUCUUCUGUGCGAAGCGUCCUCCGUCAGCCUUCUGCGGGGACGGUGUCGACACUCUGCAUCAACCGAAACCCUGCAAGGUUUUUGAGAUCUGCUUCCUCAUCUUGCUCCCGCAUGGUGACUCUGGACUCUUGCUCCACAGAUCCGAAUCUCAGCGCCCGCUCUUACUUCUCAGACCUACAUCUGAUCAAGAUUCCUCUAGCAGAGAGUGUGGCACCAAUGCUAGACUUUCUGAUCCCUGUAGUUCCACAGGCUGACUGGCCUGCACCAGCCAAACAAAACGACUCCUGUACAAAUGUGGUGAGAAAAGUGACGUUUGUCAUCGGCUACACAGGAAGCGGUGAAAUCAAGUACGCGACCGUGAGCACGGACUUGGUUGACGUAGGUCUCGAUCAGCUCUUCCUGCAGACCCACUCCGUCCAUUUCCAGCUGGCCACACCAAGCCCCACCUUGGGGAGGACAAAACCAGCUGUGGGACUUAAAGUUGGAUCUACUGUCAAUGGUCGCUUUAAUGGAGAGGUCCAAUCUGUUACAUCUCUAGGUCUUUCAGCAGCCGGGGAGUGUUCCUCCGACCUCAGCAGAAGAAUGCCCAUCCUAUUCACACACAACACUAUCAGUGGAUGCAAAUUCACUUCCCCUGCAAGUAAUUGCUCCCAGCUGCAGUCCCAGAUUUACUGGGUCUUGCGAGGAUUUGCCGCCCCUGAUGUGAUUGCCAUGAACUCCGGCUCCCAGCCAGACUGGACGAGGGUCAUUGUGCAGGAGUGUCCCGUCAGCACAGAGGAAUCAUGCGAAUUUGGAUGCAUCCUCCCCAACUCUCUGUCUAUCCAAGUGCUGUGGGCUCGCCAGGGUCUCACGGACCUUCCUCAGAACUACAUUCUAGGAGCUAAAUACCUGUUCCAGUGUCAAACCGUUCAGUGUCCCGUGUCAUCGCUCACCCUGACGACCAAAGUCACGUUCACUGAAACCACAGUUUACCCAGAAGCCCCAAGAGGUUCACCUCAGCUUGACUGGAAGUUUCCGUUUGACUUUUUCACCAGAGGGACAGCUGAGCUGGACGGACACUUUAUAACUGGAGGAAGCUGCAGUUGGAAGGGCGGAAAGAGUUUCAUUCUGUUCACAGUGAUGCUGCUAACAGGACUCGGAUUCUUCAGCUGUUAGCAGCAGAGCAGGACACAUUUUACCGUUCAUUAAGGUGUCAACGUUUCUCUGAUUCUGCUGAAAAUGUUUCCAAAAAUGCACAUUUCACAGUACAAUGGAAUAAAAUAUUUUUUAACUGUC